AUGUCAAAAUAUGCAACCAACACAACCACCAGUCCUUCGGAUUCCACCACCGUCAAACCACUUGAACUCCCACUGUUGAAACACUCUUUUGAAGACUCCGGUAGGGGUGGAAGUGGAAUAACUGGAGAGUUUAUAAACCCUAGGUUAUUUAGUGUACUGAUAGGUAUGAAACGUAUGAGAGAGGACGACGGUGAUGCGGCGGAGCUACGGUUGCAACUGCCAGGAGACGAUGAAAGGAUUUACACUCCUGAGGUUGAAGCAUUAGCUACACCAGUGGUUGGAAUGCAAUUUACCUCUAUUGAACAAGCAUAUGCGUUUUACAAAUCAUAUGCUAAGUUAGGUGGUUUUUCUACUCGGAAGGGUGGUGAAGUACACAGUGGUGGUAUAACCAAAACUAAGUAUUUUGUUUGUUCUAAAGAGGGUCAUAAGGUAGUGUGUAUUGAAGAUCAUUCUUCGAAGUCCAAAAAGCCAUACAAAUCAAAGAACAUGGGGACCAUUAGAACUGGAUGCAAAGCUCAUCUUAUGAUUUGCAUGGUGGAUGGUAGAUUAUAUUCAGUAAAGAGAUUUGUUGAUGGCCAUAAUCAUAAGUUUGUAUAUCCACAUGAUAUUCAUAUGCUUCCAGCUUACAGUCAAUUGAUGACCGAUAAAAAACAGUAUUUAGCUGAUUAUUCAUUUGAAUAUUCUGUUGAUGAUGACAAACGAUUAACUGGUUUGUUUUGGGCUGAUGGGUUAUGCAAGCUUAACUAUAUGGAGUUUGGGGAUGUGAUAUCGUUCGAUGAGAACUUUCAAGACGAACAUACAUUGAAGAGUUGGUACAAGAUUGUGUUUGUUCCGUUCACUGGCAUUGACAACCACUAUCGAAAUGUAACCCUUGGAGCUGGGUUGCUGUCAUCGGAGAGCAUUGAAUCCUAUAAAUGGCUUCUGAAUUCAUUCUUAAAGUCAUUUGGUCGGCAACCAAAGGUUGUAGUGACGAACCAAGACCCUGCUAUGAAACAGGCUAUUGAGGAGGUUUUUCCUACCAGCAGACACCAAUUGUGCAUGUGGCACAUAAUGAAAAAAGUGGCAGAUAAGGUUGGACACGAGUUGUGCAAUAAUGAUGAGUUUAAAAGGAAGAUGUGCGACAUUGUAUGGACUGAUUCCAUUGAGCCUGAAGAAUUCGAGAGGCAGUGGGAGUUGGUGAUGAUUGAGUUCGAGUUUAUGAAUCAUUUUGACGGUGCAAUGGAUGUUCAAAGGUUCAAUCAUAGAAAGAAUGAUCAUAUUUCAAGAUAUACUGAGCCUGCUGAUUGGAGCGAAAAUACAUUGGAAAAAGAUGCUACUAAGAUAUACACCAGGUCUAUAUUCUUUGAUCAGCAAAUAGAGAUUCAUGGAACAAUUUCCGAAUAUCUGCCGAUGGACACCAAAAUCGAGGGUCCACAUAUCAGGAUAUUGAUGAAAGACUUUAAAGCCCAUGGUGAUGGUUUAUUAGAGGUACUGAAAGGCAAACAACAAGGCAAACAGCAAAAGAAGAAGAUGAAGGGCGUCCAGAUUGAAAAAGAUCCCAGAGACAAAGACAACGUGGUCGAAGACGAUGAAGAGGAAGACGAGUUUGAAGAUUACAGUAGUGAUGAUGGAUCUGACGAAGAAGAUCAGUGGGAGGAGGUUUUAGAAGAUGAUGAGGAAGAUUAG